GAGAGAGGACGGUAUUCUGCUGGAGGGCUGCAACAGCUGACUGCCGAGCACUUUACCCAGUGCCUCAAGGAACAAAGAGAGAAGGAAACAGCCAUCCAGAAUAGGAGUUUUUAAUCCUUAUGCCUUUGAAUUAAUCAAAGUGUAGCGAGGACGCGACAUGAGGCACGCAAUCGCACCGGCAGCAAACGUGGAGAAUAAUUCUUUUACAGUGACAAGCCUGUUAAAGAUAUGUACCCAUUGUGAACGGCUUAGCAAAAAGGACUUGGGAAUAAGGAUCCCAAGACCCUUAGGAAACGGACCAAGCAGAUUUAUCCCUGAAAAAGAGAUUCUCAAAGUCAGUAAAGUGGACGCCAGGACGCAGUCGAUAUUUGAGGAUGCCUUUGCAGCCCUUGGUCGCCUUGAUAACAUCUCCCUGGUGAUGGGCUUCCACCCACAGUACCUGGAGAGCUUCCUCCGGACGCAGCACUACCUGCUGCAGAUGGAUGGACCCCUUUCUUUGCACUACCGACACUACAUCGGCAUCAUGGCGGCAGCUAGACACCAGUGUUCCUACUUGGUCAACCUGCAUGUGAACGACUUCCUCCAGGUCGGCGGUGAUCCCAAGUGGUUGAAGGGUCUCGAUGAAGCACCCCAGAAACUGCAGCAGCUCGGGGAGCUCAACAAAAUCCUGGCCCAUCGACCCUGGCUCCUCACCAAGGAACACAUGGAGCAUCUUCUGAAAGCAGAGGAACACAGCUGGUCCUUGGCAGAGCUGAUCCACGCUGUCGUCCUCCUCACACAUUACCACUCCCUCGCAUCCUUCACCUUCGGCUGCGGUAUCACGCCUGAGAUCCACUGCGAAGGCGGACACACUUUCAGACCCCCCUCCCUCAGUCAGUAUUGCGUGUGUGAUAUUGCAAACGGCAAUGGUCACGCUAAUCACCAUGAAGAUCUACAGGGCAACCAGGAGAUGUGUGGUGAGGUGGAGGUGCUGAUGGAGCGCAUGAAGCAGCUGCAGGAGUGCCGUGACGAUGAGGAGGCAAGCCAGGAGGAGAUGGCAACCCGCUUCGAGAGGGAGAAGACCGAGAGUAUGCUGGUGGUCACAGCAGAGGACGAGGAGUGUGCCCCUUCCAGAGACAUCUCUCGACACUUUGAGGACCCCAGCUACGGCUACAAGGACUUCUCCAGGAGGGGGGAGCAUGUGCCCACGUUCAGAGUGCAGGACUACAGCUGGGAGGAUCAUGGCUUCUCAUUGGUCAACAGACUGUACCCUGAUGUGGGUCAGAUGCUGGACGAGAAGUUCCAGAUGGCCUACAAUCUGACCUACAACACCAUGGCAACGCACAAGGAUGUGGACACCAGUAUGCUGCGCAGGGCCAUCUGGAACUACAUCCACUGCAUGUUCGGCAUCAGGUAUGACGACUACGAUUAUGGGGAGAUAAAUCAGCUUCUGGACCGCAGCUUUAAAAUCUACAUCAAGACCAUGGUGUGUAGUCCUGAGAAGACCACCAAACGAAUGUAUGAGAGCUUCUGGAGGCAGUUUCAGCACUCCGAGAAGGUCCACGUUAAUCUGCUUCUUAUGGAAGCGCGAAUGCAAGCAGAACUUUUAUACGCUCUGAGAGCGAUCACCCGCUACAUGACAUGAAGUGCUUUUUGCCGUUUUUAUCGUUUGUCUUUUUUCUGUCGUUGUUGAUCGUCAUGGGACACUCUGAGAAUUAAAAAAAAAAAGAAAAAAAAGAAAAUCAAAGGGGGGAGGGAGGAUGUGAGAAGCCCUGGGUUGUGACAGAGCUUGUUGGAUGGAUGUUAAGAAGAACAAAUGGAUGAGAAAGGAAAAAAGAACUGUUGAAGAACGUCAUCUCAAACUACAAGUGGAUACAGUUGGUGUUGCUUUGCAGUGCCAAAACUGACCAAGAGAGGGCAGCCUGGAGCAAACUCCUGCUCUGCUGGGGGAGUUUGUGCACUGACGGGAGACAUCCAGGAUGACUUUUCAGUAUUCCAGCUUCUCCUCCGUCUCCUGUUAGAGUGAAGACCUGCAGAAAAAAUCCCCAGAAUGCCGUGCAGCGACAAACCGCCUGCACUUUGAAUCUGUUCUCACUGUUUUAUGUGUUUAGUUUCUUUUAGAGUCUUUUAUUUCAUUUUGUAUUAAGGGAAGUGUUGUCAUUGUGGUAACUGGACUUGGAAGCGUUGACUUUGGGCAGAGUUUUUUUUUUUCUUAUUUUUUACGUGUGCCUGAACUAUCCAGCACAGUGUGCAUACGUGCUGAUGCUGCUGCUCCCAUGUUGUAUUCAGUGGGAUCAUAUUGACCCCAGUAACCACCCUUCAAACCCCAUUUUAACCCCUAUCCAUUAGAAAUCCACUGCAUUACCCCCUUUCCCUCUUCCCCCCUUCCCCAAAUCUCGACGUCAAAGUAAGCUAAUCUGAGGAGGAGUGGAGAGAAACUCACAGAACACUGUCUGAGCCCCAUUUUUGAGUCUGACUGUACUUGUGUGAAUGAUGGAUGACUGAUGUUUGGAUGAAACAAAGAAAAAGUUUGUCUUUGAAUUUCAUGUGUCAAAAAAAAGCGAGGCACUUUGAAGGAUCGACUUCUUGCUUCUGCUGUAGCUCUGUUAUUGUGAGAUAACUGUUAAUCAUUUGUUGUUGUUCAUGUUGUUGACGAUGUCUUUUAUUUUCUGGUAAUGUUUUUUUGGGGUGGGUGGGGAAUCAAAAGGAGCGUUAGAAGCCAGGUUUUCCAGGAGGGAUUUGCUUCCGGUUGCCCUUACCGCACCGUAUCUGUCUUCCGCUUAUCCCAGCUGCCUGGUUACCCUAACACUUUCGAAGCUUUGGAUUGUGAAUUUUACCAGUAAAUGAAUACCUCUUCUGUUUUUCUCUAGAAAACAUUUAAGAAGUGCUCUUUGGUGAGCAGAGACUCUUUCCGGGCUGCUGCGUUCCCAUUGCUGGGGGAUGUGGCGUGCCCACACAGGGCCGACUCUGGUCGUAGCUGUGCUUAUUUCCCUGCUGGGGAAGUCUAACCAGUGCAAAAGCAGCUUUUGUUUGUUUUUUAAUUUUAUUUUGAAGAGGUGUGAAACCUCUGCUGUUUUGUUUUUAUGUUUACUAAAACCAGUUAAAUACUGCAUUCUUCUGAGGGUGGGUUGAGAGAAUCAGACAGAUGAAUGAGUGAGGAGGAGGAGGAUAAAGGAAUGGUACAUUUGAAAGUGGUUUGAGAGGAAGUGGAGGUUUUUUUUUUCAAACUUCUGACUGAUGUCAGUUACUGACACUUUUUUAUAUGAAAAAAGAUGAAAAAAAUAAACUAUGAUAUUAAA